CCUCCACCUCGUGGGCGUUAAAAUUCUUCUGUUUAGCGUAUUUUCAAGAAGAAUAUGGAAAGAUCUGCGUUCUUCUAUGCUUCUUCCUUUGCCUUUUUAUACGGAGCGAUCUUCAUUUUAUUUUGUAGCCAGGAAUUUGCAGUAGUUUGAUUUGGUUUGGUUUUCUGUUGAAGAUUUCUUACCCUGAUAAUCUGCAACGAAAUAUUUGGGAGCAGCUUUCCACAUUGCGCCUGUGAUAUUUUGGGAUCUUAUUGCAGAAGAAAAUCGUCUGUGGAAGGAACAGAUUUUUGGUGGUCAUAGUCAAAUUAAGCGGUUGUGGAGGACAUAUUUACCGCUAAUUUAGGCGGCGGAAAUUUGUUUCAUGUAGCUUUUGGCCGGCUAAAGUCGGUGGGAAGUGCGCCAUUUUAGCGGCAGCGACCGCAAAGUUUUGCUUUGUGGGACACGAGUCUAGCCGUUGGUAGUCGUGGCGUGGUCUGAACGGCAAAUUUGUACAAUUUGGCCGUUAAAGCUGUGAAAAUUGAUCAUGAAUAUGGCAGGGAAAGCUAUAUUUCAGGACUUGAAUGCCUAGAAAUAAUUGCUGCUUUGAUUUGAAGGUAUUUGUUUGGCCGAGAUACUUUUUAAGUUUCUUGGAAACUAACCUAAUUUAGUCGGGUGAGUAGCAAAAAUAACAGGCGAACAGGUCGGCUUGUUCAUGUAGGUGAAUUUUAUGAGCAAAUCUCGGCGUAUUUUAGCAGUGAGAUUCAAUAUUUCCCGCAUUUGGUGUUUUGAGCAGUUCUUUGGUUUUGCGAGAUCUGGCAAAGCAGAAUUUUAGCGGUGAACUGAAAAUUUCCGAGAGUUUGUUUUUAGAAACCCCUAAGACGCCGUAUUGUGAAAUUUACUGCUCGAAGUCUUUUGUUACUGGUUUCAAGCCGGUUUCAAGACCAAAUCUCGGCGUAUUUUAGCGGUCAGGCGCAAUAUUUUCUACAUUUUGUGUUUUGAGCAGUGGUUUGGUUUUUUGUAAGAUCCGGUCACGCAGAAGUUUAGCGGUGGAUUGGAAAUUUCCGAGUGUUUGUUUUCGGAAACCCUUGAGUGCAAAAUUUACCGCUCAAAGUGUCUUGUUACUGGUUUCAAGCCGUUUUUAAGAGCAAAUCUCGGAUAAUUUUAGCGGUCAGGCGCAACAUUUUCGGCAUUUAUUGUUUUGAGCAGUAGGUAGUUUGGUUUUGCAACAUCCAGUCACGCAGAAUUUUAGCGUUGGACUGAAAAUUUCCGAGUAUUUGUUUUCAGAAACCCUUGGGAGGUCAUAUUGCGAAAUUUACCGCUUAAAGAGUCUUGUUACUGGUUUCAAGCCUCUUAAAUUGCAAGAUUCACGCUCUCUGCAAUUAAAUUUCAGCGGCAGUUUUGCAUUCAAAUAAGCGGUGUUUUCCUUUGACAAUGGGGUUACCACGGUUCUUGAAGCAGAGAUUGUCGCGAUCAGAGCCGCCAUCUCCUUUAUCGCUUUCUCGAUCGGGCUCACAAUCCUCUUCUUUGUCGUCGCAGGAAAGAAAAAAGUUCUUUGCGCCGCGACGUUUGUCUUCCACAGCCAAGGACAUUCCUUCCCUAGGAAACCCUGAGUCAUCUUCAUCCUCCGUUUUGCGCCGCACCAGAUCGAAUCCCGGCAGCCCGAGCCGUGCAUCUGACGAGCUUGUCAAGGACCUGGAAAAGGUUUUCAAGAAAUUCGACCGCAACGGCGACGGAAAGAUUUCCUGGGUAGACCUAGGCUCCAUCAUGGGCGCGCUGGGCUACAAGGCCAGUGAAGAGGAGCUGCAAAAAAUGAUCAGGGAAGCAGAUUGCGACGGCGAUGGCUUCAUCGACUUGCAUGAAUUUAUUGAACUGAAUACCAGGGGCGUUGAUCCUGCCGGCAAUCUCAAAGACUUGAAGGACGCCUUUCAGAUCUUUGAUCUUGAUGGAAACGGUGCCAUUUCUACAGAGGAGCUUCACAAGGUUCUCAGGAAUCUCGGGGAGGACAGCACAAUGGAGGACUGCGAGUUGAUGAUACGAGGCGCGGAUUGUGAUGGCAAUGGCUCUAUUGAUUUUGAAGAAUUCAAGAUUAUGAUGUCGAGCUCCGUUUAAUCGGAUCUAACUGGUAUUUUUCAUACAUCUAAUCUCUGGCCGAGUGUGCAUUUGGGGUUUUACAAUUCUGAGCAGUUUAAAAAUGCUUUAUACGUCGAUAUUGAUCACAUUUGUACAGCAGAUUUAAAAGCAGAAAUUCGAAAAACCUUUGGCAACUUUUUGGAUCUCA